AUGGCAGUGGCUGAUACCGAAUCCGAGCCGAUGGAAAUCCCCAACGACUGGGAGGGAUUGGUGAACGCCGCCCAGCUCCAGGCCCCUUCGGAGAAUGCGUUGGUGUUCAAGGAUGAGUGUGUCUUCUGCUUCCGGACACCUUUUUUUGAUGGUGAGUAUUUUUAUUAGUUGCUUUUUGAAUUUAGGUUGAAUCGAUGCCAAAAUUAAUGUCAAAUCAUGGGGGAAACGCUUUUUCAUGUGCAACUUGGCUUCUUCUAUAAUUAUAGGUGGGCUGCGCAUGUUUAUGAAGGGCUGCUUUCUGGCAUCUGGGAACAUUUUCUUGAUAAUUGACAUUGUUCUCGAAAAUUUUUUGAAAUUCCCUUUUUAUUUCCCCUUUUUUGGCGGACGCAAUGAGCUCUAAUAUUUGCCUGCUUACCUGUUCUAUAAUUGCAGGUGGACUGUGCAUAUGUUUGAAGUAUUUUGUGGGGGUUUGUAACUUCCACUUGGCCGACUACACCAAAGCCAACCCGGACACUCGAUUUUUCCUCAGAAUCGAAAAGUUCAAACUCCCCAAAGACGAACCAGAGCCCCAAGACAAGGUUCAGAAGCUAUGCGUGAAGGUGGAAGAAGAUAAAACUGACGAGAAAUAUUCGAUAUUGGCCAUUGACGGGAAUCCCAGCGAGCUGCCUCUGAACGAGCGAUUAAUCGGAGGCCUCCUCUACGAUGUGGCACAAAAAACGAUCUGCCAUCACUCGGCAUCGAUUCAAGAGCGUCUCCAACAAGGUGCCUCCGAAUGGGAUGGAGGGGUUUUGAAGAUUGCGGAUAAUAUUGAGAACCUGGUCCAAUUGGACACGGACAAGCAGAUUCCAUACUCCGGAUGGGAGUGCGAGCACCCUGGAUGUGGUCUAAAAGAGAAUUUGUGGCUGAAUUUGAGUGACGGUUCGAUUAAGUGCGGAAGAUCUCAGUAUACAGCUGAUGGAACAACAACUAAAGGUAUGGUGAAUAUAAAAAUUGUUGAGAAAUUGGAAGUUUAGGGGUUAUAAUCGCAUAUCCUGGCCUGUUGAUUAUUUUGAUAUUAUUUGGGGUUGAUUUGGAUUAGAUUUUGACCUUAUUUUAGGCCUUUCUUUCAAUCAUGGUGGAUAUAAAAAGUUUUUCAAAAACCAAAAUUUUGUCUUUAAAUUGGUAUGAUAUUGUUUGCAGAGUAAUGUAAACAGUUUUAAAAUUGUUUUGAUAAAGGUUGGGAUAUUGUUUGAGACAUUUUUUAUAUUACACAUGGUGAAUAUAAAAACAAUCGGGAAAAUUUCAAUUUGAUGUCUAAAAUAAUGAAAUCUUGCCUGAAAAAUAGUAAAAAAUUGUUUAGAAGUCUCUGAGACACAUGUCCAUCUUUAACCCUUUCCGGACGAGUCGGCACCUCCAUGCAGAAAUGAAAGAGGGUACUCUAGUGAGUAAUAGUAUAAUAGUUGUUCAGCCCAUCGAAGCGUUAUUUGGGACUUAUGACAAAAAAUGUCCUAAAAAGUACCCCCAGUUGACAUAACCCUUAUAAAAUUUUGCUAACGACCUGUAAAUUAGAAACUACCCCUAAGUUAAAGUCUAACACUCCUACUACUGUUACAUCCAAGAACUGUCCAAAUCGGAUCACUACAGGAUUAGUUAUCGACUUUUGGAAAUUGAAUUUUAAAUUUCGACCAAUUUUUGGCCCAAAAUUGAGUAUAUCUUCCGCCGGAAUCAACCAUUUCGGUCCAAAUGUGGUUUUUCUGAAUCUACACUGACGCCAGCUUCUUCCUAGAAUGUUUCCAGAAAAAACCUAUAGAGCACGUUUCUGUAAAAAGCGAAAAUGUUGAAAACGUAAAGGUUUCACCGUAUAAAAUGUCGCCGCAAGCCGAGAAGGGUCGGGCGCAGCUCGAAAAGCGAAAAUAAUAUUUUUUCUUCGAAAAAUAUUAUUUUAGUGUCGACAAGCUGAAUUCAGAUGAAAUACAGACAGAAAGAGCACGCAAACAUUAAUUCAAUGUCAUUUUAAUAUUUUUAAUGCGUUUUCAGGCAAUUUCAUUGGAUUUUGCUUUAGUUUCACACUAAAAUAGUAUUUCUCAAAAAUAUAUAUAUUAUUUUUGCCUUUCGAGCUGCGCCCGACCCUUCUCGGCUUGCGGCGACAUUUUAUACGGUGAAACCUUUACGUUUUCAACUUUUUCGCUUUUUACAGGAACGUGCUCUAUAGGUUUUUUCUGGAAACAUUCUAGGAAGAAGCUGGCGUCAGUGUAGAUUCAGAAAAACCACAUUUGGACCGAAAUGGUUGAUUCCGGCGGAAGAUAUACUCAAUUUUGGGCCAAAAAUUGGCCGAAAUUUAAAAUUCAAUUUCCAAAAGUCGAUAACUAAUCCUGUAGUGGUCCGAUUUGGACAGUUCUUGGAUGUAACAGUAGUAGGAGUGUUAGACUUUAACUUAGGGGUAGUUUCUAAUUUACAGGACGUUAGCAAAAUUUUAUAAGGGUUAUGUCAACUGGGGGUACUUUUAGGACAUUUUUUGUCAUAAGUCCCAAAUAACGCUUCGAUGGGCUGAACCACUAUUAUGCCGUUACUCAGUAGGGUACCCUCUUUCAUUUCUGCAUGGAGGUGCCGACUCGUCCGGAAAGGGUUAAUUUAACAGUUUUCGUAUAUUACACUUGAUCCCCAACCCAUUUCAGGAAAUUACCACGCCCAGACCCACGCCAAUGAGACCGGCUUCCCGCUGGUGGUGAAGCUGGGGACUAUUCACAAUGGAGAAGGCGAUGUGUACAGUUACACCGAACAAGACACGGUCAGGGAUCCGUUUUUGAAAGAGCAUCUCGCCCAUUUCGGGCUGGAUUUGAACAAGUUCGAGAAGACCGAAAAGUCCACCUUCGAAAUGGAAAUGGACCUCAAUCAGAAGUGGGAGUGGUCCAGAUGCUGUGAGGAUGGGGUCACUUUGGACAAUGCUUAUGGACCCGGCUUCACCGGCUUGAUUAAUAUCGGGUCCAGUUGUUAUAUGAAUUCUGUAAGUUAAUGGUAUUUUUUGGAGGUUGUGGAGGGUGGUGAAGAUGUUUUGGGACAGCUGGGGUACUAUGGAAAGGUUUGAAGUUGAUUUGAACGGUUUUGGGGGGAAAAAUUAUAUUACACUUGACAUCAAGUGUCAUCAAAAAAUUUGAGGUUUUGGAUGGCGAUGGAGGUCUUUUAGGACAGUUAGGAGGUUAUCGAAGGGUUUGGUGUUGAUUUGGACGGUUUUUGGAGGAAAAAUUAUAUUACACUUGACAUCAUGUGUCAUCAAAAAAAUUGGAGGCUGUGGAUGGCGAUGGAGAUCUUUUAGGACAGUUAGGAGGUUAUGAGAAAUUUUGGUGUUGUUUUGGACGAUUUUUGAAGGAAAAAUUAUAUUACACUUGACAUGGGUGACAUCAAAAAAUUUUUUUUCUUGGGGUUUUUGGGUUUAAAAGCGUUUGUGUGGAGCUGUAGAGCUGAAAAAUACGAUUAAGACGGGUUUCGAUGAUUUCUGUGGCCAAAAUUAUAUUACACUUGGUUAAAAAAUUGUUAAAAAUUGGCAAUUUAUGGAGUCUUUUUGUGAAGAAAUUGGUUAAUUUAGACAUUUUAGGUUGUGAUUAAAGUAUUUUACACUGUUUUAUUACAAAAUGAAACAAAAAAUUCUGUUAUACUUGACCCUUCAGGUGAUCCAAUGUCUGGCAUUGAACCCAACCCUCCUCGAAGCCUUCCGCAAUAAAUUCAGCACAGAAUUAAAAGCCAGCCAAAUCAUCGAGAAGCACAAGGACUUUUCCUUCCAAUUCGCCCGACUUUUGAACGCCAUGGAGGGCGGAGAAUACGCGAAAAAAGACUUUGAAUUCAAUGGAAUCAAGCCAACCCAGUUCAGGAAAGUAGCCGGCGAAGGCCAUGCCGAGUUCUCGACCGCGAAACAACAAGAUGCUGAGGAGUAUAUUAGGUAAAAAUUUAGUUUUUCGAUAUUGUACUUGAUGCUUGGACGAUUGGGGAAAGCGAAAAGUAUUAUUUUUCUCCGAUGCAAGUGUCGAAAUUAGGAUAAUCGAGGGUGCUCAUUUCGAAAAUGACAUUCAUUUUUUUUGGAUCUUUACUUUUUUCCUUAAGUAGUACUGUAAAGUAGUAAUUUUUUGAAUUUUUUUCGUAAGUGCUCAAUUUAGGGGUUUUCGAGGGUGCUGAUUUCGAAAAUCUUACUCAUUUUUUUCUGAUUUGAAAGCAGCACCAUAACCCUCAAGUCGAUGAAAAAAAUUCUCAAGUCAUUAAAAAAAUUGAAAAAAUUACUACAGGAUGGUUCAACCGAAGCGUCCAUCCUUAUUUCAAGUAUUUCUCGGCCAAUAAUGCACCAAUUUCUAUAAAAUUUACAUCGAAUUGAAGCUGAUGCACCCCAUUUUUUGCCCACCAAAUAUGACGUACCCAAGUUCAAGGAUGCCCCUGUACUUGAACUUGGGCACGUCAUAUUUAUUUGGUGGACAAGAAAUGGGAUACAUCAGCUUCAAUUUGAAUUUGAUGGAAAUUUUAUAUUAUAGAAAUUGGUGCAUUAUUGGCCGAGAAAUACUUGAAAUAAGGGUGGAAGCCUCGGCUGAACCACCCUGUAGUAAUUUUUUGAUUUUUUUUAGUGACUUGAGAAUUUUUUCAUCGACUUGAGGGUUAUGGUGCUGCUUUCAAAUCAGAAAAAAUGAAUAAGAUUUUCGAAAUCAGCACCAUCGAAAACCCCAAAAUCGAGUAUUCAUGAAAAAAAAUCAAAAAAUUACUACCUUAAAGUACUACUUAAGGAAAAAAGUAAAGAUCCAAAAAAAUGAAUGUCAUUUUCGAAAUCAGCACCCUCGAUUAUCCUAAUUUCGACACUUGCAUCGAAGAAAAACAAUAUUUUUCGGUUUCCCCAAUCGUCCAAGUUCCGACGCCUGGGGGUAAAAUUCAAUUUUUUAGGCAUAUCUUCAACAAGAUUGAAGAGUUGACCUUGAUCCCCAACCCAACCGACCACUAUCGGUUCAAGGUGGUGAAACGGUUCGAGGAUGUGGCCUCGCACAAAGUCCGAUACCAGGACAACGACGAAUACAUCCUGUCCUUGAGCAUCCCAAAGGACCAACUCAGAGACGUCCCCGUCCCGCAGGAACUCGAAAGCAUCGUCCAACUACCCCGAAAUUCCACCAGGAAAUGCAUCGACCUCUGCCAGCUCAUUGAGAAUUACUCGGCGCAGCAAUUUAUCGAUGGGUUCAUCUCCCCCAUUACUAAUGAAGAAAAAGGCGCCGUUCAACAGUAUAGAAUCGCGUCAUUCCCGGACACUUUGAUUAUUCAGGUAGGAAAUUUGGUCUAGUUUUGGGAAAGGAGAAGGGUUUUUGAGGGAAAGGAGGUUGGAGUUGAGUUUUGACCAAAAAUUAUAUUAUACUAGGUGUAGAAGAUAAUUUAUCUUUUUUUUGGAACUUCUGGAUGUUUUGAUUUUUGAUGCCAUGGUUAUUUAGAUGUAGAAUUGAAUAUAGUUUGUUGAGAGAGCAAAGAUUUGAGUAAAAUCCGGCGAUGGAGUUGAGUUUUGACCAAAAAUUAUAUUAUAUUAGGUGUUGAAUUUAAUUUAUCUUUUUUUUCGAAUUUCUGGAUAUUUUGAUUUUUGAUUUUUUGGUUAUUCAUAUGUAUAAUUUAGUCUAGUUUGUUGUGAGAGAAAAUAUUUGAAUAAAAUCCGGCGAUGGAGUUGAGUUUUGACCAAAAAUUAUAUUAUACUUCAUAUCAAAAAAAUGUUUUGAGUUUUAAAAAAAUUGAUUGGCUUAAAAUAAAGAAUUGGGCCUAGUAUUUUAUGAGAAGAAAGAUUUGGAAAAAUAGACCAGUCAUUUUUGGGAUAUGACCAAAAAAUUAUAUUACACUUGAUAGCAAUCAUAAUUUUUUUGAUUUCUUGCAGAUUAACCGCUUCGAGCCCGACCAAAACUACCAGCCGAAGAAGCUGGACCUGGAUGUGAUUGUCCCCGACACCCUGGACCUCACCCCGUACCGGUUCGAAGGCCAGAAACCGGACGAAGAGCUGCUGCCCGACUCGAUCAAAGUGCCCGUCAUUGACACCACAGCGCCGGCGGUGGACUCGCAGGUGAAUGAGAACUAUGUGAGAGAAGUAAUGAACCUCGGCUUCACACGGAACGCCUGCGAACGGGCGGUGUUCGAGACGAAGAACUCGGGGCCCGACUCGGCGGCGGAAUGGCUGUUUGCGCACGCCGAGGACCCCAAUAUCAACGAUCCGCAUCCGGAAUUAAUCAAAGCACGCCUCCGCCAUUCCACGGCUCCAGCCCCAUCCCACGUGAGCGAGGAGAAGGCGCAGGCGCUGAGCGGAAUGAUCGGCGCCACCCUCUUCCAGAGCAAAUACGCCCUGGAAAAGACGAACGGCGACAUGAACGCCGCGGCAGAAUGGUACUUUAUGAACAUGGACGACAUCCCACCAGAGCCAGAGAACUCGGAAAUUAACGUCGCGGCCGAAACGCCCCAAAAUCAGGAAGCGGCCGAACCCGCGGCCGAAACUUCCAACCCUCCCCCACCCCCGCAAGAACCCUUCAGAGCCCCCAAAGACGGCCCCGGCCACUACCAACUCCGCGCAUUCAUCACCCACAUUGGAGUCUCACCCCAAUCCGGACAUUAUAUAUGCCAUAUUCGACACGCCAACACCUGGUACAUCUACAACGACGAAAAAGUCGCCUUCAGCCAAAACCCCCCGAAAAACCUGGGCUACAUCUACUUCUACGAGAGAACCCAAUAA